UUUAAAAGGGGAGGGGGGAAGAAUCAGACGUUAAAUUCUUUUGCAAACAUUCAUGCCUAAGGAAGGGCUGGAACAGGCAGCCCCGGCCGCCGGAACCGGUCGGACAGGUAGCGAGCUUGUUGACACCGUUAUGUUGCAGGGCGCAUGCUCACUCCCAAGUUUCCUGGUGCCUUUUCUAUUCCACCUUAUGAAACUUUUUCCUCGGCGUGGUCUCACCCGCGAUUUAAGGCAUAGGUGUCGCCGAGCGGGGAGGCUGGGAGUCGCCGGGCGUGCGGGGGAGAGGCCUGGGCCGCGCCGCGGCGGGGGGCGGAGGGAGAGGGCAGGCGGGGCGGGAAGGUGGGCUCUGGCCGCCUGGAGCCGGAGACCGAGCCACCGCCGUCGUCCUUAGCGGGGAGCAGCCGGGAGGAGGGGGCCGCAGUCGGGGAGGGGUCCCACCAUGCCCAAAGUCUUCCUGGUGAAGAGGAGGAGCCUGGGGGUCUCGGUCCGCAGCUGGGAUGAGCUCCCGGAUGAGGAAAGGGCAGAUACCUACAUCCCAGUGGGCCUGGGCAGUCUGCUCCACGACCCCCAGGAAGACUGCCGCAGCGACGGCGGUAGCAGCAGCGGCGGCGGCAGCAGCAGCGCGGGGGAGCCUGGAGGCGCCGAGAGCAGCUUGUUCCCGCGCACCCCCGAGCACGAAACCCCCGAGCCCGGCGACGCCGACGGCCCAGGUGGACACCUGGCGGCGAAGCAGCGCCCGGUCGCCAGGGCGAAAAUCAAGUUCACCACAGGCACAUGCAGCGACUCGGUGGUUCACAGCUGUGACCUGUGCGGUAAGGGCUUCCGCCUGCAGCGCAUGCUCACCCGGCACCUCAAGUGCCACAACCAGGUGAAGAGGCACCUGUGCACCUUCUGCGGCAAGGGCUUCAACGACACCUUCGACCUCAAGAGGCACGUCCGCACGCAUACAGGCAUUCGCCCCUACAAAUGUGACGUCUGCAACAAGGCCUUCACCCAACGCUGCUCCUUGGAGUCCCACCUGAAGAAAAUCCAUGGAGUGCAGCAGCAGUACGCCUAUAAGCAACGCCGGGACAAGCUGUACGUCUGCGAGGACUGCGGCUACACGGGCCCCACCCAGGAGGACCUGUACCUGCACGUGAACAGCGCCCACCCGGGCAGCGCGUUUCUCAAAAAGACAUCCAAAAAAUUGGCGGCCCUUUUGCAAAACAAGCUAACAUCCACACUGCAGGGGAAUGCCAACCUGAGCGAGGAGGAGGAGAAGUGAGGAGGGGGCGGGGAGAGACGCUAACGUUGCCACGUUUACACGGAUUUUUGGUUUUGAGGGUCCCCCACCCCCCUGGCUCUUUCUAAUUACAAGUGUUCAGUUCGUCUCUCUGAUCUUUUGGAGCCUCAGUAGGGGAAUCUGUUCCAACGUUGUCAAUUAUAACAGUGGCGUCAGGCCCCCCAUAGCCGUGUCCUAUUGAACACAGUCACAGGAAGGAAAGUUUGUGGAUGGCCAUGAUUACCAUGUGGGGUUUUUUUUUUUUUAGGAUUUUCACACAUGGAGACAGAGGUGUUCUUAGAGAGACUAUCAUUUUAUGGUGCCUUGAAAUAAAAGUACUUCCACUUGAAACGCUA